UAGAAAUACUUGACCAGUCUCCAGGAGUGAGGUUUCCAACCCUUUAAGCAACGCUGCUGCCUCUUAUCAAGCUACAGUUUGCCCUCAGUGCUGGAGUUGACUGUGGUAGGACCUCUUGCUCAAAGAAGAAAGAAAUGGAGCAUAGUGGGUCACCCUCAAAUGCUGCUGAGAUGUACCUGAAUCGCCUGUCGAGUGUCUCAGAAGAUGAAGACCAAGAUGCCGCCUUGACCAUCGUGACUGUGCUCGACAAAGUAGCUGCCAUUGUGGACAGUGUGCAGGCAAGUCAGAAGAGAAUAGAGGAGAGACACAGGGAGAUGGGAAACGCCAUCAAAUCUGUCCAGAUCGACCUGCUGAAAUUCUCACAGUCGCACAGCAAUACAAGCUAUGCCAUUAACAAGUUGUUUGAGAAAACUCAAAAAGUCGGUGCUCACGUUAAAGACAUGAAGGCCCGGGUGGAGAGGCAGCAAAUCCACGUUAAAAAAAUUGAGAGCCGGCAAGAGGAAAUAAUGAAGAAAAACAAGUUCCGCGUAGUCAUAUUCCAGGAGAAGACUCAGUGUCCAACUUCCUUGUCUAUUGUUAAAGAGAGCAACCUAACUCACGAUGAAGAAGAGAAUGAGAAUGUUUUUGGUCCUCCCAUAGAACUGUCCUCAGAUGAAGAAUGUUACGUUGAAGAAAGCAGAUCUGACAAGCUUAGAAAGUCAGGCAAGGAGCACAUUGAUAAUAUCAAAAAGGCAUUUUCUAAAGAAAACAUGGAGAAGACACGCCAGAAUUUUGACAAGAAAGUGAACACAAUUAGAACAAGAAUUGUGACCCCAGAGAGGAGGGAAAGGCUGAGGCAGUCGGGAGAAAGGCUGAAACAGUCAGGGGAAAGAUUUAAGAAAUCCAUUUCAAAUGCAGCUCCCUCCAGGGAGACAUUUAAGAUGCGAGGCCUUCGCAAAGGAAAGGCUAAGGACCGAGCUGUGGCUGGCGCUACAGAAGAGGUCAGGGAGAUGGGGGUGGACAUCAUUGCCAGGGGAGAGGCUCUGGGCCCUGCCAGUGAGUAUCACACGGAAGAACUGAGUGAAACAGAUCGAGAAGAGGAUGGGGCGGUGAGACUUCCCCAGGAAAGAGGGGAACUCUCAACUCUAGAGCCUUUGAAGGUUACUUUUAAGCCCCAGGUGAGAGUAGAGGAUGAUGAUGAAUCUCUUCUGCUAGACUUGAAACAGUCCUCCUAAAGAGAAUUGGAGAGGCAGUCUCCUGAGUAGUUCAGUGCUAGUUUAAAAUGUACCGUCAUCUACAUUUAUGUGUUACAGAGGAAAACACAAACGAGAUGCUUCUUUCCUAUUUGAAAACCUUAAAAAUACAAAUACAUACUUUCUUGUAAAUUCCUUUGGGAAUUCUUUUGACCUCUAUCCCUUGGACUUAUAAGAGUCUCGUAGACUUCUCUCUCAUGUCAUCCUUCUGGCAGCUAUAGGAUCUUUAUAAUCCUGUCUCUUGCCCACCAAAUAAAUAAGCUUCAAAGAGA